AUGUUGGUGAAGGCCGUGGUGGUGAAGGCACAGGCCCGCCGAGUCUUGGCUCGGCCGAGGACCGUACUGCCCACAAUCACUGUUUUCCUCCUGCUGUGUUUGUUAGGUUUGAUACAUCAAAACCAAAUCAGUUCAAAGGUUCCGUUCUUGAAGGGCGGUGUAUCCCUUGACAGAGCCCCAGAUGAACGUCGCGAGCAAGAACUGGCAGCGCAAAGGGCAAUUUUUGAGGAGGAGUACCACCAGCUCAAGAACAAACCCGGUUACAAGGCCAUUUACGGGAAUACUCUCGAUACUCUCAUAGACGAAAACACGAGGAGGCCUUCGGAAGAGGAGCAGCUGGGCCCGGCUAUCAACAAUACGAUCUAUUCUUUCAGUAAAACCCAGCCAGUCACCUUCAAUCCAUACCCGAAAUACAACAGCCCGGAUUGGAAUGCCUUUCACGCACCUUACGUGCCAUGCCUUGGGCCGACGGGAAAGAAGGUGGAAGAUAUCGGCGCUUUCAAGGGCCGCCCAAAGAACUUUCCAAACCCCGGCUUCGGAAGCUACAAUGUUUUGGGGCUCGACCGGAAUCUGUGCUUCGAGAGAGACACUCGUUUGGGGCCGUACGGACUGCUGCCGGUAUUGAACGAUGACGGCGACAAGAUUGACUGGGAUAAUGUCAAGUGGGGUGAUCUCCAGGAUCAGUGCGCCGAGAGAAAUGAGGCUAGGUUUGCGUCACACGGCCCCAAGAACGAAUACGUCCCGGAAAACCAGUCCGCCGAUUUAAAACGAGACACGAGCGCCGGCGAGGACACCGACAACGACGAGGAAGAACCCGUCAUGCACACUCUGAAGCGGUUCUGGCGCAAGCCGGGCAAGCAAAACUCUUAUCGGAACACUGUCAAAGCCACGAGGCGGGCGCACAACAUGACGACCAAGGUGGAGCCGAGAACCGCGUUGCUGCUCCGUAGCUUCUCCGGGAAGACAUACACCGAGAACGACAAGCAGGUCAUUCGAUCGCUGGUCACGGAACUGAGUCUCCGCAGUGGCGGCGAGUUCAAAGUCUACUUGUUCGUACAUAUCAAGGACAACGACGAAGACAUCUGGACCGAGCAUGCUUACCAAAGGGCACUCGAGGAGCACGUCCCAGCGGAGUUCAGGAGCAUGGCGGUCCUCUGGAACGAGCCAGCGGUCGAUCGCAUGUACCCCAGGCUGUCCCCCAAGGCGCGCAAGGUACACCAUGGGCAGUUUCUCCCGGUGCAGAUGUUCAUGCAGAGAUUCCGAGAGUUUGACUAUGUCUGGAACUGGGAGAUGGACUCCCGCAUCAUUGGGCAUAAUUACGACGUGCUCACCAAGCUGGGCGAAUUCGCCAAGAAGCAGCCGCGAAGGGGACUUUGGGAACGCAACGAGCGGUACUACAUCCCGUCCUUCCACGGCAGCUACGACUCGCAGUUCCGUGCGUCUGUUGAGACGGCCGUUGGCAGUGAGACCAUUUGGGGCGCACCCAGUGUUCCCGUCGUCACGCCCCUGGGGCCGAAGCCGCCCGUCUCGAACCCCGAGGACGACGAUUACAAGUGGGGCGUGGGCGAGGAGGCAGAUCUGAUCGAGCUGGCUCCAAUCUGGGAUCCGGUCAACAGCGGCUGGGUCAUGCGUAACUCGAUAUGGGGUUACCGGUCUCAGACCUUCCCCUGGGGCAGGCUUCCCCGCCGGGCCACCAUUAUUACCCAGUCCCGACUCUCGAGGAGGCUGAUCGACAUUAUGCACUACGAGGACCUGCGAGGCAACCACGUCGCUUCCGAGAUGGUUGCCCAGACGACGGCCCUGCUCCACGGCCUCAAGGCGGUGUACGCGCCCAUGCCCGUCUUCUUCGACCGCGGCUGGAGCGGCGCCCAGCUGGCCAAGUGGUUCAACGGCGGGCCAAAGGGCCAGAGCGGCAGCUUCGGCAGCGCCAUGGGAUGGGGCCAGGAGGGGCGGUACAUGGGCGCCACGUGGUAUUUCCGCGCCUACCCGCCGCAGCGGCUGUACAACAACUGGAUGGGCUACGAGGAUACCGGGAUCGGCGGCGACGAGUGGGAGGCGGAGCACGGCAGGCCCUGUCUCCCGGCCAUGAUUCUGCACCCUGUCAAGGAGAUCAAGCCGACGGAGAAAGGCUACUCGACUGAUUCGAGGCUUGCCUACGAUUGA